AUGGUUUUAGCGCAAGGGAUAAUUAAUGACUGUGUACAAGACGAUGGGUUGAUAAAAAUCACUAAUAUUGCCAAAGAUGCCGAAGCACAAGCUGACGCGGCUAGGCAAGCUCAACAACUAGCGGCGGAACAAGCCGCAUUUCAAGUCAAAUCGGCUUUUGCGGAUAAAGCAGCCUUAGCGGCGAAAGUGGCGGAGGCGGUUUAUUUAGGUAAACAGUCUCUUGUUGAGCAGUUGGAAAGACAAUUGGCUGAAGCUCGUGUAGUGCGUACUGAAGAGUCCCAAAAUUUAGAAGCCGACAAGAGGAAUUUAGCGGCGGCCCAAGCCGCCAGGAACGCGGCAAAGGAAGAAUUGGGUGUGUUAGAGAAAGUAACCAAUUUAACAAAACAGCUAGUUGACUUGACAACAAAUAUUGUUAAUCAAAUUCAGAAGGAAGUCGCAAAACUUGAACGACUACUGAAAUCCAGCCAAGCAAAGGUGGAAAAAUUGGAGAAUAAAACGGAACAGAAUUCGCAAGCCUGUAUAUUAUGUGUCUAAAAUGUAAAUCAAA